CAGCCAGGGAGCACCGUCCCGGUGGGACCAGCAGGUGGACGCGGGGAUGAGGAAAGAGCCCAGCUCGUGCGCCCCGGGGAGACGCUGAGGACCGGGCAUCGGAAACAACCCGGGUUGCCUCGGGGAAGGGGCCCAGGGUCAGCGCCAGCGCGGCCUGGAACCGCCGCCCUGUUCCUUUUGCUUUGCUCCGCAUGACUAGUCCCGACCCAGGGCUCCUCAGACCAUCUUGAAAAGGGGAGGAAGAUGACAAUGAUGCCUCAGCAGUACCCUUCUUGGAUCUUUGUCAACGAGAGAACGUUCAUCACCAGGGAACAGCUUAAUUCUUUACUGAAGACUUACAACAUUUUCUAUGAGAAUCAAAAACAUCUGCAUAUUUUAUAUGGACAGACUGAAGACGGGCAGCUAAUUGUGGAAGGAAUGCUGGACAUUUUCUGGGGAGUGAAACGGCCUAUCCAGCUCAAGAUACAGGAUGAGAGGCAGAUCUCCUCGCUUUCUACAUUGAAGUCGCUGGAUGCCUUUUCCAGCAGAGGAUCUUUGCUUUUCAGAAGAAUGACUCGCUGGGGAGAAUUUGAUGACCUGUACCGCAUUAGUGAGAUGGACCCAGCUCAAAUUCCAGUGUCUGAAAGAAGGAAUUCCCAGGAAGACCAUCUGUCUCACCACAGCAGCACUCUGAAGCUACAUGCGGAGGAAGAGCUGGAGUCGCCCUUGCUCUACAGAACCAUGAGCGAGGCAGCCCUGGUGCGCAAAAGGACCAAGGUUCCAGUGACUGACAGAAAAGGCAGCCGGAACCAGAGGGCCUCCAUCAAUGGACACUUCUACAACCACGAAACCUCCGUUUUCACUCCAGCUUUUGGGUCAGAAACUAAGGUCAGAAUAAACAGUAACAUGAGGACUGAAGAAGUAAUAAAGCAACUUCUCCAAAAAUUUAAGAUGGAGAACAGCCCCCAAGACUUCGCUCUGUACAUCAUUUUUGCAACAGGAGUACAGGUCAAAAGAGGGUUGUGGUGGCUGAGAAGGGGAGGAGACCUGUCAGGUCCUGCUGCUUCGGAACUGCCACGAAAUGAAGUGAGCCGCUCAGCGUGGAAAGAGCAAGGGGUCUGUCCUGCAAGUCACGGGGAGCUUUCCUCAAGACCUCCUCUCAGCGUUCCUCCUGGACUCGGGUGGUCCCUGGAAGUCAUGGGAGCUUUCCUCAAGACCUCCUCUCAGCGUUCCUCCUGGACUCGGGUGGUCCCUGGAAGUCAUGGGAGCUUUCCUCAAGACCUCCUCUCAGCGUUCCUCCUGGACUCAGGUGGUCCCUGGAAGUCAUGGGAGCUUUCCUCAAGACCUCCUCUCAGCGUUCCUCCUGGACUCAGGUGGUCCCUGGAAGUCAUGGGGAGCUUUCCUCAAGACCUCCUCUCAGCGUUCCUCCUGGACUCAGGUGGUCCCUGGAAGUCAUGGGGAGCUUUCCUCAAGACUCCUCUCAGCGUUCCUCCUGGGAUUCAGGUGGUCCCUGGAAGUCAUGGGGAGCUUUCCUCCCGAGACUCAGGUGGUCCAGGAGUGAGACUGUCUGGCUGUUCUGAGAAGAGAAGUAAGAGGGGGGGAAGAGUGAGGAAAGAACAUGACACUGAUUGAUUGAUUUUUAUGUGUAUUUUUAAUAAAAAAGAAAUCCCAUGUGUGAAACUACUUUGGUGGAAUGCUAUAAAUAUUUUUUGUUGCUGUGGAAGUAUUAUUAUAACUUUUGGAGAUUUGAAAUUCUUGGAAAACAUCAGCUUAUUAUUUUAUUUACAUAGCUGAGUGGAUGAAACCCACAGAUAAGUGAAAUCAGAAGAAGAGUUGAUCUCAUGGACAUUUUGUGUAUAUAUCCUAAUUCUUACAGUGGCCCAGAAUUGAAUGUGAGGUGAAAGAUGGAACAAUUCAGGACAAUUACAAAGUUUUGGACUGGAACAACUGGAAAAAAUUAGAAUUAUUUUAAGUGAACUUGGAAAUACAUAUUUGUUUAUAAGUACAUUGACAUUAUAAAGAAUUGAGGCUUUAAGAUAACUUACUAAAAAGCAUAAGUAGAACUAGAGAUUUGUGCAAAUGAUCUAAUAAAAACAAGUUUGAAUUCUUUGAAGUAUUAAGUCAAACUGCAUAUUACGAGAAAUAAAUUCACUUAUUGAUUAAA